AUGGCCGGAAUCGGUGAAUCAAACGAAGUCAAUCUUAACAUGUUGAUAAUAAAUGUGCCAAAUCCGCCUCAAAAUUUAAGACUUAGUAACUUCAUAGGAGACCGCUUGGUAAGAAAGUACAGGUCUCCAAACGCUUUCAUCCUCUAUAGAAGAGAAUUUUUGAACAAAUUAAGAUCGUACAAUUGCCAUAUGGCAGAAGUUUCAAAAGUAGCAGCUCGUCACUGGAGGAAUGAAAGAGAAGAAGUUAAAAGUAAAUACAAAAAAAUGGCAAAAAAACUUAACGCUGAAUAUUUACAAAUUCAGGCGCAUAAUACCGAAUAUAAAUUCGAUGAGGUAAUAACACCUCUUAACUAUAAAUAA